CGAACUUCAAGUUGCAUAACAUUUGGGGCGUAUAAGAUGUCAGAGAUCUAGAAAUAUAGUUGUUUUAGGUUAGUCAGAGAAAUCAAACAAGAAAUUAAAGUGAGUGAGCAGAAUGAGUUCUCUGAGGCGAUGUGCCGUGAAACUGUUCGAUCUGAACCGAAGUUCGAUGGCUCUCGCAGCUCCAGUGAGGUUCAAAACCCAUAAAAGGUCUGGGGCCUUCAUGCCAGAGCCUCCAAGGACUCCCUUUGGUAUGAUUGGGGUCAUAUGCACUGUGGUGCCUGGAUUACUUAUUGGGGCUACAAUCAGCAAAUACAUUGCAAGCUUCCUGGAGGAAAAUGAUCUCUUUGUGCCAUCAGAUGAUGAUGACGAUGAUGACUAAUGUUGUGUUGUGCUUUUGCAAGUAUUUGUUGAAGACAUAGGAUACCAAAUUUACCAUGACUUAAGUCAUGUACUAUACUUCAUGACUGUUUCAAUUUUAAUUUUUACUAUUGUAUAUACAUAUUUUAAUUUUAUUAUUUAUUAUGCUACAUGCAGAUGCCAAUAAAUUACCAAUGUUUUAAA